CCACUUGACGUGCGGCACACACGCAACGGUUGCAAUCUGGUUUUUGCGCAGCACUCCAGUCAUAUCAUAAUACCAUGACGCUUAUGAUGCUUCGCGCAGCAAGAAGCAUCGUGGCUUUUUAUUUUUUGCGUGCAACAACUGUUGUACAUGCGUGCUCAUGCUAUCGCACUAGAAGUCGCCUGCAGCUUUUUUUUUUUUCAGUAUAUCGGGUAACAGCACGACACAAAUCAUGCGCUUCCUUUCUUGCACAGAACCCCUAUAUCUUCAUCCAGAGUAUUGUGUUAUUGCCGUUAAUAGGCAUAACCUUAAGCGUGCAGUCAGCAUCCUUGUUUAGGAUCAGAAUCAAAUUAAAGCCAACGACCGCAAGCGAGCGUGCUAGUCGGUCUAUAGGUGAGUCAUAUGAUCCGCACAUUAGCCCCAGUCUGCUAUUCCUUCCUGCUUGGCAAGUUGAUUGUGCUUCCGGUCGACUAGGCCGGGUAUAUAACUUGCGCUUCAUGCCGAUUGAAUAGAGAAACACUGCAGAUCCUCUGCGCCAUUAUUUGGAUGUGACAUCAACACCGAUAGGUCAGUCUACCGCUGGAAGGACUAUCCGGUGGAACAAAUUGGCUUAUCAUACCAAGCACUGAUUCGUGUCCUGGUGUGGAAAAGCG